AUGAUUCUUCCAACCGAUUCUUGUGACACUUUUGUGGCUGGAAUAUUAUCACAGUUAGUUACAGAUCUUUCUUUACUUCAUAAAGAGGAAAAAUUGAGAGAUUCUCCUAACCUUGCCAAUGCUUGUGGUGCAUUAACUGUGAUCGAGAGAGGUGCAAUACCAGCAUUGCCCACAAAGGAAACUGUUCUGAAUGCGCUGGUUCAAUUCAAAAUCCGUAAGUUAAAGUGUAUCUAUUUGUCUUUGGUUGAACAAAAUAAGCAGGUUCAGCCUGCUUCUGCGUUUUGUCUUGCUACUGUUAUUCACAACGCACAUAUUUCUCUAUUGCACAACAUAGAGGCGAGUGCUGAAUUUUUAAAGUGCAUCAAGUUUGGGAAUGGGUUGCACUUUGAGAUCAAGAAAGCGGUUGGUUACCAGAAGAUAUGUGUCUUUGCUGAUUUGGUUGAUUGUUACCGGAUUUAUGAGGAGGAUAGUAAUGCUCACUAUAAGAUGAGUGGGCAUACAACUCCUGAGUGUAAGCAUAAGGAAGUCAUAUGUUUCAAUUGUGGCGAAGAAGGGCAUAUUAGUACUCAGUAUCAAAAACCAAAGAAGGCACCAGGCAGUGGAAAGGUGUUCUCUUUGGCUGGGACUCAGACAGGCAAUGAGGACGGACUUAUCAGAGGUACAUGUUUCAUUAAUAAUACUCCUUUAGUCACUAUUAUUGAAACUGGUUCUACUCAUUGCUUUAUUGCUGCUGAUUAUGUUAAAAGAUUGAAUCUUGCGUUGUCUGCUAUGAAUGUAGAGAUGGUUGUCGAUCUUCCAGGUAAGGGAUCGGUGACUACUUCUCUUGUGAGCUUAAAGUGUCCCUUGUCGAUCUUCGACAAAGACUUUGAUGUUGAUUUAGUUUGUUUGCUGUUAAGAGGGUUGGAUGUGAUAUUAGUCGGUGAGGUUUCUACUCAUGAAGAGGAGGGAGUUGAUUUGUUAUCUGCUAGACAGUUACGACAGUUGAUGAAAGAAGAAGUUCAGGUGUUCUCGUUGAUGGCGUCGUUGUCUGCUGAGAAUCAAGAUAUAAUUGAGGAAUUGCAAGUGGUGUGUGAAUUUCCUGAAGUUUUCCCUUAUGAAAUUCCUGAUAGUUUGUGA